AAAAAGAAUAUACAGUAAACAAUUGGAGAGAAUUAUAUACAAUAAUACAAGAUGAAAUCUUUUGCUUAUUAUUAUUACCUUUUCUUUUUGUUCAUGUUUGUUGCCCUUACCAAUCUCCAAAUUGGCAGUUCAGAUUGUGAUAAUUUACAGGACACAUGUCCAGCAGUUCCACCCAAAACUCAGACCAUUUUCAUCAACGGCUUACCCUGCAAAAACCCAGCCAAUGUAACUGCUCAAGAUUUCAAGACUGAUGAACUCAGCAACCCCGGCACGGCCGACAUUUUCGGAGCAUCAAUAAAAAUUGUCGGGGCGGCCGAGUUUUCCGGCCUGAACACUCUUGGCCUCUCAAUUGGCAGAACUGACAUGAACAGGGACGGCCUGGAUAACUUCCAUUACCAUCCUAGAGCAACCGAGAUGAUCUUCGUCUCCAAAGGUGCUUUGAUUGCCGGAUUCAUUGACACGAAAAAUCAGAUCUUCCAGAAGUAUCUAAGAGUUGGAGAUGUUUUCGUGUUCCCCAAGGGAUUAUUCCAUUUCUCCCUAAGUCAUGGUUUUGAGGAUGCUAACUUUUUCUCUGUGUUCAAUAGUCAGAAUCCAGGGCUUGUUUCCCUUAACCCUACUUAUUUUGAUCACACUUUGGAAUCAAUAGAGAAGCUAAAGAGGAGAAUUGUUUCGCUUUCUAAGUUGGAAGUUCCUGACGUUGCCGGCUUCUACUCGCCGGAACUAGAAAGCAUUUACAGCUAGCUACUCCAAGACCAAGCUGCUGUGAUGUUUCAUGACCUACUAAAUACUAUCUAGUUCAAUUUAUUUGUUUCAAUUUUUCUAUUAAUUCAUGAAAGCAUGCUGUGUGUACUAUUCCGGGGAAUGAGAUUGUUAUAGCUAGGUUCAAAUGUAACUUAUAUAUCCUUCCAAUUAAUAUUUUGAAGACAAGAACUUGCCAAGAAUAACAUGUAGUUUACAAUUGAUGACUAAA